GGGAGAGGGUGAGCAAAGGAAAGGAGAGAAAGAAUGACGGAAAGGUGAGGAGAAGAUAGAGUUAAACUAGCUGGAAGGGGAAAGAAUAGUGAUACGAAGUAUCGGAGAAAAAGGGGAAAAUGAGAGAUGCGAACGGAAAGUGCGCGAUCGUGACGGAACUACGCGCUGUCUGAGAGAAGAUCACAUCGUGAAGGAACGCCAUCAACGAUUAGCGAACGGCAUUAAUGCGAGUAAUUUUUCCAAGUUUCGACGAGCCUCGUAUAAGUGAUCGCUCGCGCUUUUCAGGCAUCCCGAUCAUUCUACCAAUUUGCUGUCGAGGAAUGUAGGCGACGAAAGUACGGACCAGAACAAUAAUAUAACUAUGACGAGUGAGGAUUUGUUACAGCCUGGCCAUGUGGUCAAAGAACGCUGGAAAGUUGUUAGAAAAAUAGGAGGCGGUGGAUUCGGUGAGAUUUACGAAGGCCUAGAUUUAAUGACAAGGGAACAAGUCGCGUUGAAAGUUGAAUCGGCUCGUCAACCGAAGCAGGUUCUUAAGAUGGAAGUAGCGGUAUUGAAAAAACUUCAGGGUAAGGAGCAUGUGUGUCGAUUCAUUGGUUGUGGUCGCAACGAUCGAUUCAAUUACGUUGUAAUGCAAUUGCAAGGCAAAAAUCUUGCCGAGUUACGUCGUGCCCAGCCACGAGGUGCUUUCUCACUGUCCACUACUCUUCGUUUAGGAGUUCAAAUUCUUAGAGCAAUAGAAAGUAUACAUCAAGUAGGCUUUCUUCACAGAGAUAUUAAACCAUCAAAUUUUUCGAUCGGACGACUUCCACAUAAUUCGAGACUAGUAUACAUGUUAGACUUUGGUCUAGCUCGUCAAUUUACAACAGGCACCGGUGAAGUGCGACCUCCUCGCAGUGCAGCAGGAUUCAGAGGCACCGUACGUUAUGCAUCUGUGAAUGCACAUAAAAACAAAGAAAUGGGCAGGCACGAUGAUUUAUGGUCAUUAUUUUAUAUGUUAGUGGAAUUUGUCAAUGGUCAACUUCCGUGGCGAAAAAUAAAGGACAAAGAGCAGGUGGGCCUUAUGAAAGAGAAGUACGACCAUCGUUUACUUUUGAAGCAUCUUCCGUCAGACCUUCGAGUUUUUUUGGACCAUAUUCAGAGUUUGGAAUAUGCGGCUGAACCGGACUACGCAAUGCUAGCUGGCUUGUUCGAGCGGUGUAUGAAACGGAGAGGCGUGAAAACUAACGAUCCUUACGAUUGGGAAAGACCAUUGAUGGCCAACGAAAGUUUACCGACUACGAGAUCUUUACCUACGGUUACUGCACCUCCGAUGUUGACCACAGCGACCACGAUCAAUCAACCACCGACUACACCAAACGUUGACACAAACAAUCAAGAAAACGUCGAACCCGACAACAGAAAGGAGUUAGAUGCACAAAUGGAUUACGAAAGUAUAUGCAGAAGAAACAAACAACGUGGGGUGGAAGGUUCUGCAGUGCCGUUUACAUCAGCCAUCAGCAAUCAUGGACGAGAUAAAAAUUGUAAUGCCACGAUACCUACGAUGGAUAAUACUCAUCAACAAACAGGACAGCAAACUGUUGUUCCACCAACGACGCAAGGUUCGCCUAAAAAAAGGCGUGCAGUUUCGAUGGCUGCGGAACCGCAAACGGGUGUGGUGACAACGGAAAAGCCAGUCGACAAUGAAGGGGACGCAUUGAUGGCAUCUGCUCGUUCUGCUUCAGAAGUUCCUCGCAAUAAAAUUGGUGCGAAUGCUGGAGCGCCAUUAAGGAAAUCGGCAAGUGGUGCAACAUUUGCUCGAUUACGGGUAACGCCUGCCCCGGAACUAACACCCGGCGAACCACCCAGUCCUCGCGUACAGACCGAAGUCGAUGCUUCUUAUUGUUCCUACGACGUUACUAACACAAAAUACGUUGGGAAUCAAAGCCCUGUCACGGAGCAAAGAGAACCACUGAAAAGAGAACCACGAAGAAGGACAGACGGACGGCAGCAGGCAAGAGCUAGUCGUGCUGCGAUAAAAGACUGCUCUAUCACCCAAUUUGCGCAGAUAGAUGACGAUAAUGUAUCGGCGUUACAACAAGUAACUAAAGGCGGAGGUGGGUUGACAUUGGCCUCUCAGUGGAAGUCACAAUUCGACGAAUCCGAGGAGACCGACAAUGAAUGGAAAGGGGAGAACUUGCAGAGUCCCGAGCACAAAGGAUCCAACUUGCCAGCUAUAAUUCCGCAGUCGACAGUUGUCAGUGAUGCUGUGACAACCGCAUCUUCAGUGCCUGCGUCUAUCGAUGCGAAAACAAUGGUGGUUCAGUCUGCCGCGUCGGUUGUGUCUCAUCAGCACUCAGUAAUACCGACUGCCCUAUCUCGAAUAAGCGAAGAUUCUCCGAAGCCUACGGUUCUUCACAGAUGUUUAAACAUCGCCGGUAUUGAGAAAUAUCCCGAGCUUCAGGGAGCACUCCCGCGUGCUUGGAGCGUUCCAGCUUUGGCUCCGCAUGUUCGUGCUUACCUUGAAGCACCGUUGGUUCAACAAGCGGCGUUUGACGAUUUGUUGUACGAAGUGGAUGUGAUGAGAAACAUUGCUACGCGUUACGACGAACCAAGAGAAAGUCCUCCGCCGCGGCGAGCCAGUGUACCGGCAGUUGCUUUCUCGCCACCUAAUACAAUGCCUAGUACGCCUGGAGGAGAGGAAGAAGAAGAAGCAGUAGCGGGAAGAUUGGAGAUAAGGGUAGUAGAUGCGACAGGUGGUGCUACUGUUGUUCAAACCACCGCCGAUAGGGAACCGUUGCAAAAAAAAAUGACAAACGGUACAGCGGAUAGUCCAGCUAGUCCUAAUCCAGGAUUGGAGGAACCAUCGAUAUACGAUGAUGCCGUUGAAAAUCGGGUACCUGUCGAUGGUGCCGGGCAUAAGGGGAACAGUACUAUCACUGCCUCGACCACUAUAUCGAAUAUAGUACCACUUCGUGAAUAUAAGGACAAUAAAGAAAAGGAUGGUUCUUGUAGGACUUAUAAUACUAUCAGUAAAAUACCGAUUCCGGUUAAAAGUCCUAGAUGUUCGCUAUCAGAGUCCACUCCGGAAACGAAUACUCAGAAUACCAGGACUUGCUUGGGAAACGAAAUAGAAAAAUCGUCCACACCCGCGGCUAUAACCAGGGAAAAAGAUGCUACUAUCAAAGGCAAACCCUUGACAGUGCAUUGGGAGGCCCGGGAACUACGACGCUGCGCAACUUUGCCCGACGCACGACCGACCUUUUCACCUCUAACGUCCUCUAAUCUGACGGAAGAUGAAAAUUUAACCGGAUGCACGCCCGCAUUACGUCGUCGAAGACAAAGCGAGAAAUACGUAACGGAUACUAGUCAACUGAAUUUGCGAUUCCAAAGACCGCAACGCAGAAUCAGGCCGAAUUCCGAAGUACUGUCUAGAUUUUCACCUAGAGGCGUACCUUCGCAUCUGUUGGGAGAUGCGGCUAAACGAACGGAAGAGAGCAGCGAUAACGAUUCCGAUAGCAGUGGCCCUCCGAAUGCUCAACCUCCGCCACCUCCCAGCUCCUUGCCACCUCACGUUGCAGAAAACAAUGCUAGAUGUCGCAGAUUUCGACCCAUACCGGAUACUACAAUAGCCAGCAGAGAAUCGUGAGGUACAGCACUUAUGGGAAGGAAAACAAGUGUUCGUUUCGAUUACGAUCUGCAGAGUUUCGUAAUCUGCUCGUUCGAAUCUUAUUACUUCUUUCUACGUAGGUGAAAGAAAGUAUCAGUUUAUCGGCGAAUCAAGUGUAAGCCACAGCAUAAAAACUUGUUGAAACUUUGGUCAAGAGAAACUAGGAAAAGUCUUGACGCGCGAGAAACCGUUGUUGCAAUACCGGUUGCGGUAAGAUAUUACACGUUUAGGGAAAAUUACUACGUCUUUACGAGAUACGAUCAAUUUUCAUCCUUUUUCCGCGUCCCAUAAUCUAGCCAUUUUUCUGAUCGAUUCUAUCCGUUGCUCGUCUGCGCAUUAUUUAUUUUCGAUGCAGAAUUUUAUUGAAAAGUGGCGGCGGUUACGUAAAUUGGUGGUGCUUGAAACAUUACACUUCCUAGUCUAUAAAUGUGUCUGUUAAUAUGAAAAAUAUUAUUGAUGUGUAAAUUGUGCACGUUAUCAAACUACGAUACAAGAUCGAAGCGGAUCGAUUGUAGAAAAGUUGUCGGGAAAGUUCCGUUCACGGUAAGAGAAACUCUACACUUUAUUCCGGGUCUCUUAUACAAUGUAUUAUCCUUGAUUCCCUUAAAAGUUUAAACGUCGCGUCGUUCGUUUCUCUCUCCGUUUCGUAAAACAUCGAAGUCUUGUUGUUUGCGCUUAACAGAUAUCUACAGAAAUUAAAUAUGUUUCGUUUGUCGAUGGAUAUUAUUCGUGUUAGGUUAUUUAAUGAGAAAAGCAGAACAAUAGUUGGUGCCAAUUCCGUUGAGUAUUUUCUGGGGCUUUUUAAAUAAAAAUAAUGUACGCGUAAGAAGAACCGUAAAGAGCACGAUCUAUGUAUAUCGCGGAUCGAGAUAUAACCAACACGUUAUUGCGUUCUAUUUAAAGUUUUUAACGUGAAUCGUUUGAUCAGAAUGCUCUACCAAGAAAUAGAUCUCUUUGAAAAACCACCACACACACACACACACACGCACGCACGCACGCACGCACACACACACACACACACACCACCAUCAUAGUUGACAAACGAUGGUAACAAUGUCAACAAUGAUGGCAAAGAAAUUAAUAACGAUAAAAUUAGUAACAGUUAUAUUCUGAAAGGUAAAUAUAUUGCUCGAAUUAUUGUUUACUGGAUGUAUCGCGCGAUAAGGAAACCGCUUACACUAAAGCUGCUGAAAGAAAAAAAAAGAUGAAUCGAAAUACAUACGAUUCGUUUAUGCGUGCAGUCGAUUCAAGACAUUUAUUGUCAUAAAGUUUUAAACGACGAAACAACGUGCGAAUAAAUAAGUACUCGAAAAAGCUAUAGUUGGUUAUAUAUAUAUAUAUAUAUAUAUAUAUAUGUACAUACAUAUAUAUGUAUGUAUAAUUAACGCGUAUUUGUCUUGCACUUCCCGGUAACGUGAUUUCUUGAAACAAUUACGAAUCCGCAGUCGAAACGGAACCUAGUGAUGCAUAAAACAAAACUAGUCAAAUAGAAUUCUUUAAUAUUCUAUUACUGAAACCAAAUUUUCGCAUAGAGUUAUACAUAUUGUAUUUGUACAAAGUAGUUAAGGGUUUAUUUUGUGCAAUGAUCGAAAUAACGAUACGAUUAAAUAGGUUUAAGUUUGGGUCUCGAAAAUAAUUUCGUGAGAGAGAAAAAAAAAAAGAAAUGUGGAAAAUGAAGGAGUAAAAAUACCAAGUUAUCGUAGGACAUGCGAUGAUGUCCAUACGAGUGGUACGAAUCUGUGUACGUAGAUUGCUACAUGUACUCCCGGACGCUCGUUCGAUGAUACUUGAGAGAUUACGGAAAAAUGUUUCUGCAGGCAUAAAAAAAAAUUAAAAAAUGACGAUGGCAAAGCGCAAACAAAUGAACUCUGUGUAAAUCGGUAAUGGAUCUGUAAGCAAAGAUCAAAUGUACGUUUGAAUGUAAACAAACACGCAUAAUACAGCUCAUUGGACGUAUUCCUUAUUUAAAUUUGUAAUCGAGAACGCAUCGUAGGAUACUUACUUAUACGUCUUAAUUUGAAAGUUCGCACCUUGACGAAAAUAAAGAAAAACAGUUUUUUGUUUUUAAAACUAUGUAAGAAGAGGUUAUUGAUAUUAGCAUACCGACUAAACCAAGUGCUGGGUGACAAACUCUGAUGAAAAUUUACGAACCGCAACUGUUACUAAAUCCAAAUAGGGAGAAAUUUCAAGUUUAUGCCGAACAGUGUAGUCCCGGCGAUCAUUGAGGUUGUCGGCAACUCCCAGGAUACUAGUCGACGCCUGUCCGUCGCGCGAGCUUGCGACAACUUUAUUCAUCGCCGGUCCAACUACCUACAGUCCUACGUAGGUACACGCGUUUCAAAUAAACUAGCUCAUAGAAACUAGAUGGCAUUUUUACCUCUUCGGUACGAUCGACUGAUAAAUACUCGUUGCUUUCUCCAUAGAUCCAUAUUUCGAAAUUAAUCAUACCAUGCUUUACUUUCUAAUUUAAAUGUUGUGUAUAUCAUAGUUAUACCGAUAAAAUAAUACAGUAAAAUGUAUCUUGAUCAUUUAAGGGGAAAGUCACCUAGCUUUUCAACUUUCCCAUCUCCUCUAUGGUGCGUAGCUUAAUCUCACGUUCGCGUGUGCGAAAGCCCUUUACGGCUCUGCGCGACAUAUGUAGAUCAGCACAGAAUCAUUUAUAUCGCAUUGUAUGCAUACAUAUAUAGUGACCCGAUGAGCCGCCUUAGUCACGCGAGAAUCGCUUCAGUGAAAUGUUUAAAUCGUGUAGAAACAGGUAUCGUAUAGCCCCCUGUUUAACUCAUUAUUUUAACAACAUUUUUUCGAAAAUGAAUGAAGCGGAAAAAAAAAACUGCAGAAAGAAACAGCAACGUUUACGCGGUCUAUCCGUGCAUUGGGGGCCUUGUAGACUUUUCUGGCUAUACAUACUAUGAGAUAAGCACACCGCUAUUUUCCAGUACGCGUGGCUAAAAAAGGCGGGCCAUCUGGUCAUUAAAAUUAUGCAUAUAUCGUGUCCCCCUCCCCCCUAUGCCAGAAUCGUGUAUGUGUGAUAUUACAAUUCCACAAUCGUCGAUCAAGUUUAAACUAUAAUCGCUAUUGUUACCUAAUGUACAUAUUUUUAUCAUAAAGUUUCGAACAAAAACAAACAUGCAACGAUUCAAAAUAUGUACAUUUUUAUUGUAAAAAAAUGAAAGUUGUCACAUUUACGGUUCUAGCAUAAGAAGGGAUGAUAACGUACCGCCGAAUUAGCACUGAUCGCAUACCGCACUAGUGGAAGGACUUUAACGUUUCGAAAUAUCUA